CCCAUGGGCGCAUAAAUCGAAGAAGGAGGAAUUCCAGCGACUGUGUUUUGUUCCUAGACUGACUGUCGCUGAGCUCGUCGACGUCGGAGCUGCUGAAUCUGAUAAUCAUGGCCCAGGACAUGACUCUGCUGUGGGGCUCCGGCUCGCCCCCCUGCUGGAGGGUCAUGAUCGCCCUGGAGGAGAAGAAGCUGCAGGGCUACAACAGCGUGUUGCUGUCCUUCGACAAAAUGGAGCACAAGUCCCAACAAGUGCUCGACAUUAAUCCCAGGGGGCAGGUUCCAUCGUUCAAACAUGGAAAUGUUGUUGUUAAUGAAUCCUAUGCAGCCUGCUUUUACCUUGAGAGUCGGUUUAAAUCCCAGGGAACCCAGCUGAUCCCAGACGGACCCGAGGAGCAAGCGCUGAUGUACCAGCGCAUGUUUGAGGGCCUCUCGCUCUACGACAAACUGAGUGCGGUCAUCUUCUACGACUACUACGUUCCCGAAGGGGAGCGGCUCGAGUCGGCUCUGAAGAGGAACAAGGAGACCCUGGUCACUGAGCUCAAACUCUGGGAGGGUUACCUGGAGAAGCUGGGCUCCGGUUCCUACCUGGCAGGAAAGAGUUUCACAAUGACAGACGUGGUUGUUUUUCCAACUGUUGCUACUGCCUUCAGAUUUGGGCUCUCUGCUGGGCGUUACCCCAAACUGGGGGCGUACCACGCUCUGAUGAAGGAGAGGCCCAGCGUCAAGGCCAGCUGGCCUCCUCAUUGGCUGGAGAACCCCAAGGGGCAAGACACCCUGAAGGACAUCUGAACCGGACCGGGUCCAGUCGCACACAAGAAGCCUUGUAGUUCAGCUGUAAAUCAGAUCUUCUAGUAAUCAAGAAUGACUAACACAGGAUUCAGAUUUUGUUCUCUAAAAGGUCAAAAAGUUUCAAAGAUUUUUAUUUUUUUUUUGACUGAAGAUGAUUUUAGUUUCUGCUCUGGAUGCCGGUGCCGUUUGUUGGUCUCCCUCCACUAAAGCUGCAUCUCUUACAAUCCAUUUUCGCUUCUGCAUAGAAAAAAAACUUCUAACAAGCGUCUAACAACUUCCUUCUUCCCACAAGUUAGUUCUGCUUCAAGUUUUCUACCCAACAACUAGAGGCUAGCCAAAGACAUGUUGCACUAUUAAAAAACAAACAUUGGGGCCAUGAUUGUGGAAUAGGUCAAAUAAGGUCGGCGUGUUUAAAGGUGUUCAAAGUAUGUCUGUAAGAGAUAAAAAAGUCCUGUUGGAGCAGAUCCAUGUUACCUGGUUUAUCGUUUGAAAAUCAUUGUCAGAAUGAUGGUGGCUCUGAUGUCACAUGCUGCAAUGACUUUGCAUAAAUCUGUCCUUUAAAAUUGCGUCCUUUGCAUAAUUUUGCAUUUCAUGUUCAGCUCCCAGCUGUAUGUGGGUCAGUGUUUAUCUCAUUAAAAUGUGGAUGUUCGUCGCCUCCA